AUGGAGAAUGAUAAAUAAUCCUAAUUUGAAGAUCAUAUAUUAUAGAGAUUUACACUUCUAGAAUUUAAGGGCAAAGGUGCAUAUGGAGUGGUUUGGAAAGCACAUGAUAAAUAAACUAAAUCAAUAGUUGCUUUAAAAAAAGUGUUUGAUGCGUUUCACAAUAAAACUGACUCAUAAAGAACAUUUAGAGAAGUAAUCUUUUUGGAACAAGUAUCAAAAAAUGUGAAUAUCAUUAAAUUACUUUAAGUGAUAAAAGCUUAAAACAAUAGGGACAUAUACAUGGUCUUUGAAUACAUGGAAACAGAUCUGCAUAAAGUUAUAAGAGCAAAUAUACUAGAAACAAUCCACAAAAAAUAUGUUGUCUAUUAAUUAUUAAAGGCAAUUAAAUUUUUGCAUUCCGGUGACAUUAUUCAUAGAGAUCUAAAACCAGCAAAUCUAUUAAUAAAUGCUGAUUGUAUGGUAAAGUUAGCAGACUUUGGAUUGGCGAGAACAGUGAAUAAUUCAAGUGAAGAUGAUGAAUUUUUACAAGUUCCCAUAUUAACCGAAUAUGUGGCUACUAGAUGGUAUAGAGCACCAGAAAUACUUUUAGGUUCUCAAAAAUACUCAAAAGCCGUAGACAUGUGGAGUAUAGGGUGUAUAUUGGGAGAGAUGAUCCUAGGGAAGGCAAUAUUUCCCGGAACUUCAACGAUGAAUCAAGUCGAAAUGAUCUUGGAAAUAUUGGGUACUCCAACUGAGGAAGAUAUCAAGUCGAUUGCAGCCCCUUUGGCCAAGCAUAUCUUAGAUAACUUUUAAUAUGUGAAGCCAAAGAACUUUAAGACAGUAUUUAGUUAAGAGAGCGAUGACACUUUAAGUUUCCUUAAGAAUUUGUUAGUCUUUAAUCCUUAAAAAAGAUUGACUGUGGAAUAGGCAUUAGCUCAUCCCUACAUAGCAGAAUUUGCAGGUUCAGAGGAUGAAAAUGUAAUAGAUUUUCCAAUUCAAACCUUUAUGGAUGACAAUGUAUAAUAUAGCAUAGAAGAAUAUAUGACAACACUUUAUUAGCACAUCAAUCAAAAAAACACACAAUAAAAUUUGUUUAGUUCACAUUAAUCUCCUACAAAUGCUAUGAAACCUUCAAGUGCAAUUUAAUAAUCAACUACUCCUAUGAGUGCCGUAGAAAAGAGAAACAAAAAGGGGGAUUCCAUUGAAGGUUCUAAUUAUAAUUCGGAAAACAAAUAAUAAAUUAUAAAGCAGGAAGUCAAGAAAAAGGUAAGUGAGGAUAAUCAAAAUUAGAAGAUGAGUGCUUUCGAAAAAUUUAAAUCAAUAGAAAAUAUGAUUAAAAUGUAAAAAGCUAAAUUAGGUACAAGUAAUGGCUAAAUUACAGUAUAAAAUAGUUCCAAACUAUAGUAUGGCAAUAAAUCAGUCAAUAUUACGAGGGCUGAAAGUUUAAAAAAGAAAGAAGCUUCUUGUGUAUUUUAUUUUGUUGAAUUUUAGGAAUUAUUAGUUCCAAGUCCAGCUGCAAAAUCCAAAAUUUAAAAAAUAGUUAGUUAAAAUACCUUUAAGGAUCCAUAAAAAAUAUAAACCAUUAAGUCUCAAUCAAAAUUACCCAAGCAUGAAAGCCAACAUGAUAAAUUCUUGAAUAAGAAAACCUAUCUAUAAUAUAUUUUAAGUGGGAAAGCUAAACUUUAAAAAUGA